GCCACCUUAGUUUGAAGAGGUAUUCAUACUGCUAAUUCUUGCUUACAGGACAUGAAAGCACGCAUAGAGGAUGGCAUCGUGUACUCACCUUAUCCGUACAUUCCACUCACAAAAGAUGGGACGCUCUACGGUUUUCUCAUGGAAGCGCUAACAGCUCAUGGAUCAAAGACGGCUUUGAUAUGUGGACAAGACAAGGUGACUUACAUCAACCUGCGAGACAAGUUGCGCUGCUGCGCGUCGGGAUUCCGUCGCCAAGGGAUUGGAAAAGGCGACCGGGUCUACGUGCACUUCGGCAACUCCAUCGAAAACUUUGUUGCUCUGUGCAGCAUACCGCUCACAGGAGCCUCUCUUGUCACAUCGGACAUCAUGUGGCGAGAAGAUGACAUUGGGGACAAAAUAGAGAGGUCUGGCGCCACUCAUGUUCUCACUGAUGCAAGUCAUGCCGAAAUGUUCGCUCGAAUUAUUACCAGCAGCAAUAUCAAGAAGGCAUUUUUAGUUGGUGAGAAACGACCUGGAUUCAACAGCGUCUCAGAAAUAAUCGAAAAUGAGGAAUUACUACCCCACGAAAGCGAGUUUGAAACAGGUGGCUGCACUUUUGUGAAGUGGACCACGGGCACAACGGGUGCACCCAAAGGCGCCGAGUAUAGUGAAGAGCGCCUUCUGCGUCAUAUUGUGGGUCUUGCCUCCGGUGAACUGUUUUCCUCGAAUGACAUCUGGCUGGGUGACUGCGCCAUCUGCUAUCUCACGAUGGUCUACUUAUGGCUUGCGGCGCUGCACCGGGGAUGCACCAUUGUGGUCAGCAAGACGUGCCACGCUGUACCUCUUGACGUCUUCGACGUCAUAAAGGAUUGUGAGGCAGUGACUAUUAUUACCAUCUCUUCAAGGAUAAGAAGGAUACUGGAUUUUAUGAAAACCACAAAGGACUGGGACAAAGUUUUGAGAAGAACGCUUCGAAGGAUUGUGCUUGUCGCAUCUACACCACCGCCAGGACUGGCGGAAGAGCUGAUUAAUACUUUCCAGUUGGCAGAACUUCGCAAUAUAUACGGCAUGACCGAAGCUGGAGGAUGCAUGACUCUUCCUCCGAAAGGAGAAUUGUCCUGCGAGAACGUCGGUUUCCCAAUAGCUGGCGCCAGGAUGAAGAUAAUCGACACAGAAAGCAACAAGGUACUAGGACCUAUGCAGUGUGGAGAGGUGCUCUUCGAUACACCAUGCGCUGCAAUCAGAUACUGCGGACAUGAUGAAGCUGAGGCUACCAUCACGGAUGAGCAAGGAUGGAUACAUACGGGUGACCUCGGUUAUUACGACCACGACGGUAGACUGUUUUUGUGCGGUCGUCUGAAGACAAUGAUGGUGUGCCAGAGAAGGAAGGUGUCCCCAGUUAAUAUAGAACACUGCCUAAUAGAACAUCCAGCCGUGGAAGAGGCAGCCGUGGUAGGCGUAUCCGCUCCGGAUGGUGACCAGUUCCCGGCCGCCGUGGUCGUUGCGAAGCGCGGACAUAACCGAGACCAGCAACUCGCCGAUGAAUUGAAGCGUCACGUGGCUGAACGAAACAACUCCUCCAUGCAUCUGCAUGGUGGAGUCUACUUCAUCGAUGCACUGCCGAAGAACACCCUGGGAAAAGCAAGGUCAGCCUUAAUACUUGAGCUAGUCGGAAUGCUGCGCAGAAUGGACAGCGCUGAUGAAACCGUCUGCGGCGAUUUGAUCUACUAGACAAGCUUUGGUUUUGGAAGCAACUGCAGGACAUUUCCCCUGCCACGUCGCGCCCUCCUGGAUUUUUGUAUAUUGUAAGGCGACGUUUAGACCACAAGCCACUUCAUUUUAUUCGCCGAGACUGAGCCGCACAACCCACGUCAGCGUGGUGAUGAUGAGUAUGUACAAAUGAGUAGAUGGAAUACAUAAAUAGUGUUCACACUACUUUUCCCCCUCUGUGCACGAGCGGCUGGCUUGGCAGCGCCUUAAACGAAAACGGGAUGUCGAACAAAUGACUUCAUACGCAAAACGUGAACAAUCUCCGAACCACUGCAGCGGCGGUCCUACGAACGCUUGGUGGGAGUGACGCGAUGAUUAACUGGAGAUGUUCGUUCACAGGCUAUAUAGGGGCCAAUAAACCAUCACUAAUUUUUUUCGCAUUCCUGGAGUACGAGUGGGCGUCCAAAACAACACUUCAUCCCUAGAACUGAAAAAAAAAACAUCGCGAAUAGAGCUUUCGUAGCAUUGUUUUUAAUCUUGUUGACUAGCUUCUGAGUUUAGGCGAGCACGUUGCCGGCAUUGGUCAAGUCUGGAGAUGAACUGCUCGAAUAGGGUUGCCGAAGCGUCAGCGGCAAUAUUCAGGAAACAGACGUUGCUGAUGAACGACGGUGGACAUCCGUAAACGAGAUAGAAAGGAAAUUAGCCAGUAGUUCGUUGUACAGCGGUGUUGUGGGCAAACGUUACAAAAGGCAAAAUUGUAUCUUAGUUGUUGUAGUGGGAUCCGAUAUACAUUGAUAACAUGUCUGUUAAUGUGUGAUAAGAUCUCUCGUUCAACUCAUUUGCUUGAGGGUGAAGGCUGACGCCGUCUUGUGCACUGUGCCAGAUGUCCUCAGUAAGUCUUCAAUGACAGAGGAGAGGAAACUUUUCCUGUGAUCACUCAACAGGACACGAUGUGCACCAUGACUUAAUACAAUGGCUUUGAGAAAGAAAUCGGUGACGUCUGAAUCAGAACUUGUAGGUCAGAGGAGCUGUCUCUGCAUAUCGUGUCAGGUGAUCGACGGCUGUCAUGUUGACCUGCUGGCAUGAUGGUGAGAGGUCCGACUAGGUCUAUCCCAAUGGUGGCGAACGGUGCAUCCGGACACAGAAUCUGUUGCACUGGGCCAGCUGGACAUGAAGUUGGUCGCUUCCGUCGUUUACACACAGGACAAGAUGCAACGUACUUCACCACAAAAGUAGAGAGGCCAGACCAGAAGAAACAUUGCUAGGCAUGGCUGUGAGUUCUGUUGAAUCCUAAGUGACCUGCAAAUGGGACGUCGUGAAAAACUUCGAGUACUUGUUAACGUAAAGAACGGGGAAUAACUAGAACCCACUGGUGUACAUCAGUAUUGUAGACGUAAAUGGUGUAGCAAAUCGUUGUCAAUCUUCAACUGUCGUAGUUGUCGUCGUGAUCUGGCAUUGAGAGUGGUUGAUCUGACACUUAGGUGUUCGAUAAUGCACUUUCAGUAUGGAUAAUCACGCUGGCUGGAGGCGAACUGGGGUACUGAUUUGAAACCUGCGUGUCAGCAGCAGGCAGUUGGGAUAAUGUAUGGGAUCAUGCAUCGUCGGGUUCCUGGGGUGAGCAUGGACGAAAUGGUCUCGACAGCGAUAGUGGCUGAGGGCAGCGAGAAAAAGUGUCCGCAUCUUGGUGGUUUUUGCGAGCUUUGGAAGCGAUGUAGAAAUUGUACUCUUGCAGGCGGAGCACUCAACACCCAGUUGACCAGGCAAGCUUUUCAGUGAAGAUAGCCAACUUAAGGCGUGAUUAUCUGUAAUGACUGUGAAGUGGCGUUUGUAAAGAAAUAGCCGAAAUUUUAUAUGGCACAGACAAUAGCAAGGCAUCCCCGCUCAAUGACGAAGUAGUUCUGCUCGGCGACCGUUCGAGCACGACUGGCCUAAGCAACAACGCUCUCUCUCUCGGUAAGUGGUGUCCCGCUGUAAAAGAACUGCUCCGAUCCCCUGGCCGCUAGCAUCGGUGUGUAAACAAGUAGGUGCGUUCUCGUCGAAAUGAGAUAGGACGGGGUCGUACGUUAGGGCACGCUUGAGAGCUUGAAAAGCACGCUCGCAGUCGUUGGUGCACGUGAAGGCAGAUCUUGAUGUGCGGAGCUUGUGUUUGGGGCGAGGCGACUUUAGCAAAAUGGCUGAUGAAGCGUGUGAAAGUAGGACGCCUGACCCAAAAAACUACAUAGGUGUUUCUGAGUUACAGGGCGAGGGAAGCUCAUCACGGCAGAAAUCUUGUCAGAAUCUGGACGAAUGCCGUCUUUGCUGACAAGAUGGCUUAACAACUUGAUGUUUUGUUGUUUUUUUUGGCAAAAUUACAUUUCUUCGCGUUUAGCUUAAGUUCAACGUUGGAAAGGCACGACAAAGCAUCGUACAGUUGCUCAAGAUGUUGACAAAAAUCAGUAAAAAGUAUGACGAUGUCAUCUAGAUAGCAGAUACGCGUCUUACACUUGAGGCCUUAAAGAACUCUGUCCAUCAUGCGUUAAAACGUGGCAGGAGCAUUACAUAAGUCGAAAAGCAUGACGAUGAACUCAUACAGCCUGCCUGGUGCUGCCAAAGUCGUUUCAUUUAUCUGCGCUUCAUGCAUAGGUAUUUGCCAAUACCCAGAUCGGAGGUCCAGGCUGAAGAAAAAUUGAGCGCCUUGCAAAGAGUCAACUGCGUCGUCUAUGCGUGGCAUCGGGUACACGUCUUUGCGCUUAGUCUUGUUAAGUGCUCGAUGAUCUACGCAGAAUCGCACAGAACCGUCUUUCUUCCGAGCCAAAGCUACAGGUGAUGGCCAAGAGCUGUACGAUAGCCUGGUGACGUCUCGCUUGAGCAUGCGGGCAACAUUAUCUUCGAUGAUUUCUCGCUCAGCUAAAGACAAACGAUAGGGGCGGCGGUGCACCAGUGAAUUACCUUCAGCUUCAAUACGAUGCACAGCGACGGUAGUGUGGCCCAAGACCUUCGAAUGGACAUCAAAUGAAGCGGUGUGCUUUUCCAGUAGAUAUGGAAGCUCUUCUUUUUGCGCUGCCAUGCGAUCGGGAUUGAUGGUGGCCGUUAAUGCUGUCAUUGUAACACCGUCAUCGGCACUGGUAGCUAAAUGUAUGGUAGUUGCGCGUAGAGAGGCACUAGAGAAAGGGGUUUGUUGUCGGUAAAGCAAGUCACAGCGGUGUCCUGCGGAAGCACAACAGGUGAAGCAGUAGGGUUAACAGCUGUGACAAAUGCGCUACCUUCGUGAAACCGCACCAGGAUAGGAGCAAUGGUGAGCCGCCAGAGAUAUAAAGUCCAUACAGAGCAAGAAGCGCAUACCCAUUAACGAUGGUAUAUGACAUCAGCACCAGAAUAUGCUCAUAGCCUGGAGUAAUGGAGCAAUCAGCUGCCGUGACAAAGCGCAAGUUAUGGGCAUCGACAUCAGAAGAAAGUGCAGUGUAUGCCAAGUGAAUAACUCUCUGACGACAAAAUAUUCCCACUGAAGCUGAGGAGAGAAAGUACCAAUCCGAAAUGAGUGUUAGUACAGAAGGACAGCACGAGAAACUGUAUGUGAUGUAGAAUGCCCUGAAUAAAAGCUGGCACUGUGCAAACGCCGGAGGGCUGAACGAAAAAAAAUUGGGGGAC